CAGAGUCAGGAGUGGGUCAUGAGUGCAGGACUAUGCUUGGCUGAACACCCAAUAUGGGGUGAGGGUGCUUGAAUAGGGGACCAGGUUGGUGACCACAGCUUUGCCAAGGGGGCCCCACAGCGAGAGGCAGGGGUAUAUUUAGCUGGUGCUGGCACUCAUGCACUCCCCCCUCCCGCAGCACCCAUGCUUCUCUCCCCACCCCCACCUGGUGCAGGUUUUAGUGCUUGAGUCACUGGCCUGAUCCAGUCAUGGGUAUUUGGGGUUUGUUUACUAGGUAACACGAGGGUCCAGUGCUGCCCCCUGCCUUAAAGGGCCAGAUUCUAGCCUCUUGGGAAAGGGUUAAUAGCCCUCACCUUGCUCCUGCUUCCUGUUUACAUCCCCCCACCCCAUCACCACCACCCUCUCUUCCUAGACCUAGCAAUAGUGUGGCCAAGGUAAGUAGAGGCCAUGAGGGGCAAUUUGCAGAUGAGCACAGGGCUCUGGGCAGGCUGGACGGUAUUCUUUGCACAGCUUAAAUCUGACCCUCCUACCUCUGGCCUCCUUGCAGAGAUGGAGCCACAGGAACCUGCGCCCCUCCCCACACCAGCAACAGAGCAGCCCAGGCCCUCAGAAGCUGAUGGCACAGCAGGAGAGAGUGCGGAAGGGACGGCGGGGAUGCAAGCCAAAGAGGCAGCACUGGGGGACAAAGGGCUGGGGGGAGCAGGGGAUCAUGGGAGCGAGGCCAAGGGGGGCAGUGGGGCAGUAGUAGAGGAUGCUGGGAGUGAGGCCAAGGAGGACAGUGGGGCAGUAGUAGAGGAUGCUGGGAGUGAGGCCAAGGGGGGCAGUGGGGCAGUAGUAGAGGAUGCUGGGAGUGAGGCCAAGGAGGGCAGUGGGGCAGUAGUAGAGGAUGCUGGGAGUGAGGCCAAGGGGGGCAGUGGGGCAGUAGUAGAGGAUGCUGGGAGUGAGGCCAAGGGGGGCAGUGGGGCAGUAGUAGAGGAUGCUGGGAGUGAGGCCAAGGAGGGCAGUGGGGUGGGAGGACCUGAGGCUGAGGAGAGAGCAGAGGCGGAUGUGGGCUCCAAAGCAGUGGAGACAGCAGGAGUUGGAGUGUCUGGGGCUGAACCCCAGGAGGAAGCAGCUGGGACCAAACCAGAAAAGGAGGUAGUUGAAGAGCGUGGGGCUGGAGCCCCAGGCAAAGAGGAGCGCACUGCCAGCACUUCAGAGGAGCCACUGUCCCCAGACCCGGGGGAAGAGGAGGAGUACUGGCCUGAGUUUGCACCCAGCUCCCCUGAUCAGGGGCCAGCCAGCCCCACAGGGAGCACUGUCUUCGCCCAGGACACAGGGGGCUCACAGUCGGAAGGUGCUUCCAAGGGCCAAGAGGGCAGUGCCAGUCCUGGUGAGGCAAUGCAGCAGCCCAGGGAGCGGAGCCCCACACCUGAGGGAGCGGCACCCCCCAAGGAGAAACCAAAGCGGCCAGCACUGGAUCGGAGGGAACUGACUCGGCCCCGCCUGGGCCCCAGGGCUCAGUCCCGCAAGGCCAUUGUGGAGAAGUUUGGGGGGGCAGCCAGUGGUCCUGCCCCAAAUAUCAAGCGGACAGGGGGCACCAAUGCCAUCAAGAACAUGCUGCUGGAGUGGUGUCGCGCAAAGACCCGUGGCUAUGAGGUGAGGGGCUGGGGGGGAGCAAGGGGCAACCAAGGGACUGAGGCAGGAAAUGGUGCCCACAUCAGCAGGAGCAUGACCACUAUAAUGCCAGCCAGUAUGGCACAGCCUGAUGACCCCCUGCCCCACAGCCACUGUCCAGACCUGGCCCAAGUGGUGUGCUGGAGGUAUGCAGAUGCAGGAGGAAAGUGCCUGAAACCCAACAGACUGGGCCACAAGGCACUGGCACCACACAGCCCCUGGCCGGCUGCUCUGCUGCCCCCUCUCCCCUCUGGCUAUGGAUGGGUGCCAGGGCAAAAUAGUGUCUGCCAUGAGCCAUGGGUACCAGCCAGAGAACAGACCACCAGCUGUCCUGGUCAGGCUUAGGCUCCUCCUGGGCCUGCAGGAGUGAUGUCAAGGGGUAGGUGUGGGAGCAGAGUGAGGAGGAUAGUACAAUAAGUACUCAUAGUCUGACCACUUUUCCCUCUCUUCCAUUCCCUUCUCCAUGCCCAUGCCC